GGUGAGGAAGAAGAAUUGUGUGAAAUGUUUUUGGAAAGAGUUCUUGCAAGCUUUCCUGCCACAAGUUGCCAGAGAAUAGAAGAGCUUACAUGGUAAAUGUUUUAGGAUCUAAUGAUUUAUGCUUUCAUCUAAUUAUGAUGUCCCCAAGAUCUAUACUAUUCCUUUAUUUUAGCUCUGUGCAGGUUUGAAGAUCCUGAAAAGAAAAGCAAAACAUUUACUAAUUAGUGUGCUAAGAUCUUCAGUUUUUAAUAGCAACUGAAGGAGUGACUCGUAGUAGGUUCUUUUCUUGGAUGUCUGUGCAUUUUUUUUGUUGAGUUCUUGUUUUUAUUUUUUGGAGGAUGUCAGACUGGGCUUUGUGAAGAUACGAUUAACAUCACAGAGUGGUCAUACAAGAAUGCUGUUUGUAUUUGUAAUUGAGAUACCCUGCCAUCUCAUGGAGUGAACUUCCGUGCAUUGUAGCACCCAAGAUUUACCUUUUUUGAGCUAGAAAGUCUAACACAAAGAUGAAUGUAACCUUGUUGUUAGUUAAACUGCAUGAUUUCCUCAAGAAGGAGGUUUUAUUUGCUGUAAAACAGUAUAUUUCCAUUCAAAACUCCAUUCUCCUCCAAACCUUUACCAAAAUUGUAUUGCCUUCAGCCUGUCUCGUCAUUUCUACAGGAUCCAGGUUUCCAGCUUGCACAUUUCUGUAACUGAAUCAGUUCUUAAUGCAUGCAUUGAUUUGGCAGAAAUGGGCACAGCUGCCUAUCUUAAGCUGAAGCGUAUGUUUGAGUAGUAAUUAUCCAAUCAUCCCCUUGAAUAUUUCAGACUUCCAAGUAGCAUUUGGACAGAAUGUCACUUGUGAGCUUACUGUACUGAGCUUAUGGUACAGGAAUAAUCCUAAGGAUCCUUCAUGAUACACACUACUGAAAGCAUGCUGGAGAAGUCUUUGUGUGUGGGAUAAAUGAUCUGGGGUUGACUCCUAGGAACUGAAAAGACCAGCAAAUUCUGUUCUUCUGUCAUUGCUUGCCACCCACUUAGAGGCAUAUUUAAACUGUAGGAAUCUUCUUGCUUACUUCAGAUGCCAACAAAGUGCACAGGCCAGUCAACCUUGUAUAUAUGUAUGCAUCGUUUGCAUUUAUUUCUAUAAUGUCAGUAAACUGAGUCCAGGCUUGUGUUCUGCUUUCCUGGUAUGUUGAUCAUAUUACCAUACAAUCCCGUACAGAGCAAAAGGAUGUGUGCACCUAAUGUAGCAGCUAAUGAUUUUUACAUUCCUUUCAAGCGUGGCUCGUAAAAUAACACACUUCUACCUUUGUAGGAAGUAUGUUAGGAAAUCACUUGAUUUCCAUGGUUCCUACUUAGUUUAAAGUUGUCACACUUGCUGUAAAUAACUAUUAUUUAUCUUUCUCCUGCAGAAUUUUUCCCUCUGUUUUGCAGCCAGGACUUUGAGGUUUGCCGUCGUUACUGUUAGAGGUGUACAAAUAUUUCUGCUUAGUUGAUUCCUGCACUUUGCCAGCUUUUCUUUUCAAAUUAAUGCUUGUUUUAUAUCUCAAUGUCUUUUUGAUGCCUUCUGGAAAACAUUGCAGUCUACAUCAAUUAUACAAGUUCUGCAAACUAUGUAGAUAUUUAUGAUAUCAUUCCUUCUUUAGAGCAAAUCCUUUCAUCAAUAAUGCAGAUAGAUGGCUCAGAAAUAGCUCCAGCAGGGCUCUCAUUUGUACUUUGCAUUUACCUAAAAUUGCUUUUAGUUUUUUUUCUGGUGCUUCAGCUGUUGUUAGUGCACAAGAAAUGAGGUAGUUAUACCAGAACUUCAUGUUUCCAAAUAAAUUCCUAUCUGCCUUGAGUAUCUAAAGAGAUGAGGUUUUCCUUCAGUCAAGUGUAAAUUUGUUUUGAUGAGGAGAUCUGAUAAAGUACAAUAAUAAUAUGUUAUCCUCCUUCAUGAAAGUGUUUACUCUAAAUCACAGCAGUUGAAAUGAACACAUGCUUGGUUUCCAGUAUCAGUCAGUAGCAUCUGUUUGGUUUAUUGAAGUCCUGCAUAUGUGUGUGCAUUAACUUGGAUUUGCUCAGUUUCUGUAUCAUGUUAUACUUCUCUCAGACAGAUGCUUUGGUACUCAGUCGUUACUGGCUGCUCUGAGGUGAAGAAAAGUAUUCAAUAUUAAUGGUUGGUGUUUGAGUCUUUAUAUGCUUGCUUAUCAGUGGCUUGGUUUACUGAGGUUCUUCCAAGGGGAGUGAUAAGUGCAGAGGAGAUGUCUGCUUGGAUGGGUAAGCAACUAUUUGUGUAUUGUUGCUUGUAGAAGUUGGAAAAAACUGACAAACUUUCAUAAACAAAUGCAGGGGAUAAUGACACGGGCAGAACUCACUGGCACAGAAAAUUCAGCUCCCUUCCCUAAACGUUGUAUUUCCACAUAAUGUUCAUCAUACUAAAUGUAGGCAGUUGAGAAGCUGUCCGAUUAUUUCCUGUUAGCACCAUUUCUAUAGCAGCUAUACAGAUUUCCACAUAGAUGUGUGAUGUUAAAAAGGAUUUAUGAGAAAACUUGCGAUGUCAUCAGAAGUGUUACUGGUAAGGACUUUACUCAUCUUUCUGAAAGCUGACUUGUAAAGCAGGCUGAGAUGUUGGAUUUCUUGUCGGAGUAUGAUCCUCUUUGUCUGUUAACAUCUUGACGUAAAAUACAGUGGAAUGUUCCCUCAGCAGUACAUUCUUCCUCAUCAGUGAUAGUGUAAGAUAUUCAGUGAGAGUAGUGUUGUCUUCUAUCCUAUAAAUGAGAAGCCUGUCUUUUUAUCUCAUCGUACAAAUAGUGUGUAGAUGAGGCAGAUGUAUAUUCCAGGACCUGAAUUUUGCAGGCUUGUGAACUUGUACUCAACAGCAGUUGAGUGCUUUGUCAUCUCUACCUUGCUAAAAGCCUGGCCCUGGGAUGGUUGGGUUGUGUUCAUGUGGCUGUUGCCAAUUUUGCCUGCAGCACACACUGUUUUAGAGAAGCUUAUUCAAAGAGCUGCAUGGAAAAGUGAGUUUUCUUUGCGUGCAUGUGUGAUGUUUAGUUUUAUAUAAUACUCCAUCCCUAUGUCCUUAGUCUCAGUUUUCAUCACUGACGUAUUAUGUGUGCUUUUGGUGCAUGAGAUGUAGUGGCUGCUGGUGACAGUUCCUGAAAUUCAUGCGAGGGGCAUUCAAUGCACUGUUGUAACAAGUUUUUUAGUAUGAUGUUUCUGUUCAGAGUGCGUUGUCUAUGGAUAUAUUCUUCUGUUGUUGGUUCCACUAAUGUCAUGACUGUAUAUCUAAUGUAUAACAAAAACAUUUUGCCAGCUGAACACCAAUUAAUCAGCACAUCAUCAGUCUUUUACUAUUGUGCCUGUUUGCCAACAAAACAGGUUGUUAUAAGGCCCUGUGGUGGGCAGCUUGGAAAAGCAGAUUGUGGAAAGGUCUUCGUCUUGUAGAACUGUGUAAUUCGUGAGAGUAUCUGACUAGUUGAAGUCAUUCCCAUUUCUUUUCCUUGUAUCUCUUAUUCAGGCAAAGAAAUGCCAGUAGCUCCUAUCAUUCAAAAUAUGUCUUCAGGAUAUGAUUUCUCCCAUUUUGUUUGGGGAUUCUCCUCCACUUCCUGAAUGAACAAGCCUGAAUUUCUUCUUCAAAUGUUUGAAGAAGUGUUUCUGAAACAGGCUAGGCUAUCAGUAGGCUUGCAUUCUGGAGGGGGAGAUGGAAAAAGGUGAAACCUUAGUAUACUUGUUGUGCUUUCUGUGCUUACGUUAGUUGGUUCCCUAAUGCUUGCCUUCUUGGAGUAUCUGAGGAAAACAAACUGCAUCAUAACUUUAGAUAUUAGGCUGUACUGACAGCAGCUAUAAAAUAAUAGCCAAGCCCAAAGGAGCAGAAUGCUCCUUUAUGCAGUGUCCUUCCUCAAGACCUACAGAAUGGAAUAGAGGCUGCUAGGUGGUCUCUGAAGAAACAGACUUGAGGAACCUGGUAAUCUUUGAGCAGAAACUUUUUAAGUUCUUGUGCGGUGAACAUGUUUUGUCUUAAAAUUCUGCAGCUCUACUGGACAGACAUUUUUGUUGAAAGAAAGCAAAUCUCUUAGAACUUCAGGCUGAACUUAAAUAGCACAUGGAACACACGUUCAGGGUUUUGGCCUACUUGUCGCUUCUGAUGAUUCUUUCCUUCUGCUCAAUUCAUGCCUGCAUUGUGGGACACCAGGAUCUGCUGCUGCUGGCAGCUGUGUACCAAUGCUAGUGCAAGAAUGUGUUGCCUUAUGCUGUGGUAUCUUCCAUGUGCUGGAAGCCAUAAGCCAUAGCUUCAUGGCUAUGAGUCAGUCAUCUCUGCUGGAUAUGGGCAGCUUUUGAAUGGCAGAGGUUAGAACAUUAAGAAUCUAUUUGUGUAUAAAGGAGAAGAGCACUGACUACUGGAGCACCAUGAAGAAGUAAUCUCGGUAGUUGUAAAUUGAUUAAGAUAUGAGACAGCACCCUAACGUGUAUUACCUUAAUGUUACUUCUUUUUAUCUUUUUUUCUAGAUCUAAGUGAUGAUUUUGUUGUCCAGAAUGUGAGUGCAUGCAUGCUGGUGAAACACUCUGUAGAUAGUGUUUGCUUAAAAAAGGAAAACUUCACUUGUUUGCUUGUCCAAAGGGUAAAGUCCUUUGCAGGGAGAGAGAGGGGAAUCUAAGUUAAGGACCAUAUUUGAAUGAAGCAUCAUUUUGUACUUUAAAAACUUAAUUCUAAGUGUAAAACCUAAUAAAAAUAUUUUUUUUCUAUUUGUUGUUGUUCUGUAGAUUCUUAUUUCAUCUGUGAUGGAGCUUAAACAGCUGAUACUACCCCAACUGUUGUGCAACAGCUGCUUAGGGAAGGAGUACAUGCGUGACAUACCAUGGAGCAGCUGAGUUAUAUGAGGAGGGUAGGGGUGCUUUGAGUUUGCAGUAGGCCCAGUUGAACCACUGAAGAAAGGAGUCUGUUACUGCUUAACUGCACUGCUCUUGCAGGUGCUGUAUCUCACAGUUUCUUUCAGGAAGGAGUCUGGUAUCAACUGAAACAGCAAUGGUUUUUUUUUUCCCUCUUCUAAUACUGUUUUCCAGACACUUUUCAAGAUCCUGAUUGUUUUAUUUUGACUUUAAGCAUAAAUUUACAUUUUGUUCACACUCUUCUGCUUUAUCCUCCUGCUAUUUACACGUAGCAAGCAUACCCUCUCACAGGGUUCAAUUUUGUUAGCAUAAGCAACCUGAGGCUUCCGUGUCUUCUUCUCUAAUGGAAUCUUCCAUCAAUGUGGAACCUCUUUCCUGCAUCACAUAUUUGGGUUCAAACCUUUUAGAAGCUGAGUGACCAAAGCUACACAGUGUGCAGCAGUCAGUCUCAUGAAAUAUACUGGCAGUAGUGUUUGACUAAACUAAUGCAAGCAUUUGUCAUUUCCAAAUGAUAUGCUGAGACUCGUAGCAGAAAUUUUACAGGGAUUAUCCUGUUAUGAUUGAAUUUCAUUUUUCAUUUUCUUGUCCACCAGAUGGCUUUAUUCCUUAUAUUAUUCUGCUUUCCUCUAUUUCCCAAUGUUGUAUCAUUCUACUAAUACUUGUACUGGUGUUGGGUAUUUAAUAACUGUAAGUAAUCUCUUCCUAGUCUAAUAUUAUCUUCAAAAUUAUGCUCUGUAUCUCAGAUUUUGUCAUGUCGUUAUCCACUUGCUUGUCUUCUACUGGGGGCUCUUAUCUUAGUCCUUGCCAGCUGCGUCAGCUUAUCAAAUGCUUUGCCAAGAUUCAUAUGUCUGACUGGAGACUUAUUAGUAUGUGAAGUUUUAGGUCUGGGAUUUGAGCAUUUCAGUGAAAGUUUCUUCCAGGAGCGUGGGGUUAUAUUAAGUUGCUUGAGCUUUUAUUUCACCUCUACUAUGAAUAUUUCUACUUACCAGCUUUCGUAUGUUUUACUGCCUCUUAAUAGUACCAUGCUUGCUGUAAACAGAAUUAAAACAUGUUUAAGAGACUUCCAAUCCAAGCCAUUCUGUGAUUCUAUGACUCUCAUUAUCACAGCGCAGACUUUUGCUGCUUCCAGAAUCUUUCCUGUUACAAGGCAGACAACGUAUAGCCUAGCAAAUCAGUGAUGUUUCUUUACUGUUCAGAUAAAGUGUUCCUUCACUAACCAUGAUCCUUACAUACGCGGGUCUUCUAGGUGUGCUGAGGAGCAUGUGCACCAAAUUGAAAGGAAAAGCAGUGUGAUCAGCCUUCACCCUGCAGGCAGCUGGUGCCAGUUCUGGUAUCCUGUGGUGACCGUCACGCCUUUGUGCCAGUGUACUUUGUACUUCCUUGGCUCCUGCGUGCCCCCAGGCUGACUUGAACCACUUUUAGGCAGAGUUCAGUUUGCUGUGCAGCAGGUUGCAGGCAGCACUGCCAUGCAGCAGGAUAUCUAGAACCUCCACCUCCCACCUUGGUAUGGACAGCAGGAGGUGCCUUAGUACAUAAGGCAUUUGUACUGAGUUGGGUUGAGUCAGCAGGAUUCUUUGUACUGCUUCCUGUUCAAGAUGCAGCGCAAUACCUGAACAAGGGCAGUGAGACAUUCUAAAUGCAGAAGCAGUUCCACAAAGUACUUCUAGGCAGAAAGAUCUGACUUUGCACGUCUGAGGAAUGAUCAUUCAGUUGCCUUGGAGAUGAUCCUUCUGCUGUAAAUGUAGGGCUGGACAUUAAUGUUGUGGGCAGUAUGGACCUAAUGAACGGACAGUCAAGCAGUGUUAAUAUUGCAGCUACUGCUUCAGAGUGUUUUUGUUUGCUCCUGCAGAAGAGCAGCAGUUCGGAAUCCCUGAGUGACAAAGGUUCAGCUGAACUGAAGAAGAGCUUUGAUGCAGUGGUAUUUGAUGUUCUGAAGGUUACGCCAGAAGAAUAUGCAGGUCAGAUAACACUAAUGGAUGUCCCCGUAUUUAAAGCAAUUCAGCCAGAGGAGCUGGCAAGCUGUGGUUGGAAUAAAAAAGAGAAAUACAGUUCUGCUCCAAACGCGGUUGCUUUCACCAGAAGAUUCAAUCAUGUAAGCUUCUGGGUAGUCAGAGAGAUUCUGCAUGCACAAACCUUAAAAAUAAGAGCUGAGGUUUUGAGCCACUAUAUUAAAACUGCAAAGAAACUGUAUGAGCUGAACAAUCUGCACGCUCUUAUGGCAGUUGUAUCAGGCCUACAGAGUGCUCCUAUCUUCAGACUGACUAAAACGUGGGCGUUACUGAGUCGGAAGGAUAAAGCCACUUUUGAGAAGUUGGAGUAUGUUAUGAGUAAAGAAGAUAAUUACAAAAGGCUUAGAGAUUAUAUCAGCAGCUUGAAGAUGACUCCAUGUAUUCCCUAUUUAGGUAUUUAUCUGUCAGACUUGACGUACAUUGAUUCUGCAUACCCAUCGACGGGGAGCAUUCUGGAAAGUGAGCAAAGAACAAACUUAAUGAACAACAUCCUACGAAUUAUCUCAGAUUUACAACAGUCCUGUGAAUAUGAUAUUCCUCUGUUGCCUCACGUCCAGAAAUAUCUAAAUUCAGUUCAGUACAUAGAAGAACUACAAAAGUUUGUAGAAGAUGACAAUUACAAGCUUUCGUUAAAGAUAGAACCAGGUACCAGCACCCCCCACUCUGCUGCUUCCAGAGAAGAUUUAGUAGCUUCCGAAGUUGGAGCGUCGCCACAAAGUGGACGGAAAAAUGCUGCAGCUGAAGGAGCCUUGCUGCCACCAACACCCCCUUCACCUCGGAACUUGAUUCCACAUGGGCAUAGGAAGUGUCACAGCCUGGGAUACAAUUUCAUACACAAGAUGAAUACAGCUGAAUUCAAAAGCGCAACAUUCCCUAACGCAGGACCAAGGCACCUACUGGACGACAGCGUCAUGGAGCCUCAUGUCCCAUCGAGAGGGCAGGCAGAAAGCUCCACCCUUUCUAGUGGAAUUUCGAUAGGUAGCAGUGAUGGUUCUGAACUGAGUGAAGAGACUUCCUGGCCAGCAUUUGAAAGGAACAGGUUGUACCAUUCUCUCGGUCCGGGGACAAGAGUGUCACGAAAUGGCUAUCGAGGCCACAUGAAGGCCAGCAGCUCUCUAGAAUCUGAAGAUUUGGCUGUUCAUUUGUAUCCAGGAGCAGUUACUAUUCAAGGCGUUCUCAGAAGGAAGACUUUGUUGAAAGAAGGCAAAAAACCCACAGUAGCAUCUUGGACAAAAUACUGGGUAGCAUUGUGUGGAACCCAACUCUUUUACUAUGCUGCAAAAUCUCUGAAGGCCACAGAGAGAAAACAUUUCAAAUCCACCCCGAGCAAGAAUGUGUCAGUCGUGGGCUGGAUGGUGAUGAUGGCAGACGACCCUGAACAUCCAGAUCUCUUCUUAUUGACAGAUUCGGAGAAAGGAAAUUCAUACAAAUUUCAAGCUGGAAAUAGAAUGAAUGCGAUGCUCUGGUUUAAACACCUGAGUGCUGCCUGCCAAAGCAACAGACAACAGGUUCCUGCCAACUUGAUGACCUUUGAAUAGCAGGCUAGUUCAAAACAAAACAACGAAAAAAGAACAAUUUGAACCAUCUCAUAAAUGAGAAUGAGGUCCUGACGGAAAAUGUGCCAGCUGCAUUCUGUGCCAGAACGGAGCCUGUCAAGCCGAUCUCCUGAACUCUGGAGCCCUGAACAAAACAAGUAAUGGCUGGGGAUUAGGGUCCCCCGAAUGAAAAAUGGAGUUGCAACAUGAAUUGCCAUGGACCAUGCUUUGUUAUAUCCUCUGAACUGACCUGUGGAAACCACUGCCUUAAAGAGUGAAAGGAAAAACAACAAUGAAACACCAAAUAGUGUGUGUGAAACUUCUGGCGGUGCUGUGCUUGAGUUAAAUAGAUUGUAGCCUGUUUGAGUUUCUUUUAACUUUGUACUAACUUUGAAAAUAACUCACCUUUGUAGGUAUUCUUAAGGAAGCAAGUAAAUUGGUAUUUAAGAGUUGUAUCAAAAGCUAUGUAUGAACUGGGUAAAAGAGGUGCUGCACACUCUAGAGAUGUUGUUUGGACUAUACCAGGAGUUCUCAAUGGAAGCUUGUCCCAGGCACACUGAGCCUGGAGCAACGUUAAUUCUCUGAGACCUACGAGUAUAUGAAACGUAACAAAUGCAAGUUUAAAGUAGCAGUAAGCUUGCAAACUGUAGUACUGUAUGGGAGCCACAUUCCCUGUGAGUGGGCACUUACACACUAAGAAUGCUUUUGAUGCAUUGUUACCUAAUUCCUGGUUAGAGCAUAGUUCACGUGUUCUGGGUGCUUGGGGUGUGUGUGAAAGACAAAACUGAAAGCACUGUUGGCUCAGAACUGAGUGUUUUCUUCCCAUUUGUUCCUACACCUCUGUGUCCUACAGAUGAAGGUUGAAUGACAAAAAAAACCCAACAACCCAACAUCUUGGUAUAGUUCUUGGAGAUGUUUUACUUCUCUGGGUAUCUGUUAAUCAGCUAGGGACCACUGUCAGUGUAUGGUGUUUCAUAAUAUCACUUACAGUCUAUAUUUUAAACUGAUAGAGGCACAAUUUCAAGCUUUCAUGAUCUCGUUUGGCAAUAAUUGAUUUUACUAUCUGUCUUGGUCAAAAUAUGACGUUGUGUGGUAUUGACAAUGUAGCCUAAAGUAGACCUUACAUACAGAAGCUCUUUUGAUCUUCGGGCAAAUAAUUUAUUAGGUGGGAUAAUACAAAGAGAAAAAAGGUAUGGGACUAUCAAAGUUACAUCCUUGACAGGAAUAAUUCUCGGUCACUGAAAUUACUCAGAAAAAUAAUAUAAUUGUAAAAAGGGGAACAUGCUUUAUACAUGUGUUUUAUGCAUAAAAACUUUGAUUCUUGCUUUGUUUGGGUUUCCUUGACAUCACCUAGAUAGCAUUUCCUGGAUGAUUAAUCUUCAUUUAAUCUUCCAAAACACGGUCUUUGUAAAGCAAGUAAACAUUAUCCAAAAUAUGACUCUGAGAUAUCAGAACUUUAAAGUCUGUGGAAAAAUAGUAAAUGUUUCAUUGACGUUGUGGUUUAGUGGCCAUAAAUAAGCUUGCAGAUUCCACCGUGAAUACUCCUUUUUAAAAAGAAACAAACUACCUACCAGUUUGUGGCAGAGUUCUCUGACUGUGUAAUAAAGUUUUCUACUAGUAGUGA